AUGGGGAUUUCUUGGCAGUGGUUAUCAUGCAAGAGUCGACCCUGCCUGCUUAUUAAUGGGACGGAAGAGAGCCAGGCAAGCGGGGAGGGCAUUAAGCAACCUGUCAGUAGAUUCCCUCGGUACCUGGAAAUGCACGCAGUUUUGGACAAGGCUCUGUAUGACUAUAUGGGAGCAGACAAGGAUGCUGUGACGGCGAAGAUAGUUCAGCUUUUCAGCUAUGUGAACAGUAUGUUUGCUCGCCUCAAUCUGACGAUAGUACUGUCUUCCCUGGAGUUUUGGACAGAAAAUAACAAAAUCCCAACCACAGGAGACGCUGAGGAGUUGCUGCAGAGAUUUUUGCAGUGGAAAAACGUGCAUCGUGUGUUGCGGCUGCAGGACAUAAUGUUCCUAUUUGUUUACAGGGAGCAGUCCCGUUACGUGGGGGCUUGUUCUGCGAGGAAGCUGUGUCUCAGAAAUCGUGCUGGAGGGGUUGCCUUGUACCGGAGGGCUAUGACACUUGAGGCGUUUGCAGUCGUCGUGGCCCAGCUGCUGGGGCUCAGCCUGGGGAUGGCGUACAACGAACCCGGGAGCUGUCACUGCGCAGGAGCCAUCUGUGAAUGUCGGCGCGACCUGUGCUGCACCAUUGGCUGCAAGAUGAGGAGAGGGGCGCAGUGCCUGUCAGGACCAUGCUGCCGGAAAUGCCAGUUUGUGAAAAGAGGCACAUUAUGUAGAAGCAGCUCCGAGGACGAGUGCGAGUUGAAGGAAUAUUGCAACGGCACCUCUGGGGAGUGCACACCCGACCUCUGGGUCAUGGACGGGCAUCCCUGCAGCAGGAACACCGCCUUCUGCUACCAGGGAGUAUGCCAGACAGCCGACAAGCAGUGUCAGAAGGUCUUUGGCCAAGGUGCCAGGAACGGGCCCUUGGCCUGCUACGAAGAAAUUAAUGGCCAAAGGGACAGAAUGGGACACUGCGGCUCCAAUCGCCGUGGUUACCAGCAUUGUGCAUGGAAGGAUCUCCGAUGUGGGAAGCUUGUGUGUGAAUAUCUGGGCUCUAAGCCCUUUACCAAGGAGAAGGCUGCGGUGAUUUACGCUCGGGUGCAGAACACGCUGUGUGUAACGUUAGACUACAUGAAGCCUCCCACAGAGAGGGACCCCAUGCUGGUGAACGAUGGCACCGUCUGUGAUGACCACAAGAUCUGCCUGAACCAGCAGUGUGUGCCUGCCACUGUCCUGAACUAUAAAUAUGAAGCAGACGUCGGGAGCGAGGGCUCACCAAAACUGUGGCUGCUUCUGACCUUCUGCCUCUUUGUCCCUGUUGCCGUCGGACUCAUCCUCAUGGCACUAAGGAGAAGCAGCCCAAGGCGCUGUCCCACCACGGAGGAGUUGGAUGAAGACAAGUGA